GGCAACCGUGAGAAAUUGACGUUUCCGUUAUGUUGUACAGUUUCUGAGGCUUUUAGCAUCCGGCCAGUUUCUUCCUUUGACUUUGACCGCUGUGCGCAUCUGGGAGCAUUCCAGAAACAAACCUCAGGACUGCAAGAUGCUUCCUGGUUUCCACACUGCUGGCCUCCUUAUUCUGAUACUCUCACUUCAAAGUCAGUCAGAGGUCAUUAGUCCAUUUCAGAUAGUAGAAGCAUGGAUUGGUGAUGACGUCAUUUUGCACUGUUACCUGGGCCCAGUCAGUGAUGUUUCAAACAUGACUGUGGAGUGGACAAGAGCUGACCUGGACCCCAGAUUCAUCCAUGUAUGGCCUGAGAGACCCGACUUACAAAAUCCAGCCUACAAGGGCAGGACAUCUCUGUUCACUGAUGAGAUGAAAGAUGGAUACAUGUGGCUAAAGAUCUCCCCUGUAAAGUGGUCUGACGAGGGAAUGUACACAUGCUUUUCUCCAGAACUGGAGAAAAACUUUACUGUUCAACUCAUUGUCGAUGGCAAAGAUUUCCCUACGUAUGAACUAAGUGUAAAUGUCGGCAUUAUUGGCCCUGUCAUUGGCUCUGUUGCCCUCUGUCUGAUUCUUGCUGUCGCCUUCAUUGUGUGGAAACGAACACAAGGCAAAUUCAACAAAAAGGAGAAAAGCUUUGAGGAUGGAUCUGAUCAGAACAGAAAAGAAAAGGUAAUUUACUCAAAAAGGGACAACAGUGAAUUCAAGGUUGCAGUCAAAAAAGGAGAAAGUGAGAUUCUCUUGACAGGAAGAGAAGAAGAAGAAACACAAGAUGAGCAUGUGAUAGAAACAGAGCUAAUAGGGGAUAGGGAGAGGCCAGAAGGAGAGAGAAUAAUUCCAUCUAUAAAUAUUGAAAAAGAUUCUCAGACUACCACAAAUCAAGAAACAGAUGAAGAAAAUGAAAUGAAAGAAAGAAGAGUGAAAGCUGAAGGAGGUGAAGAUGAAGGAGAGAAGAUGAUGGAAUCAGUAAAAUAUUAUUUAGGAGUUCAGUUUUUACCACUAUCAGAAAAACAGAAAGAUGAGCUCAUGUCAGGAAAAUCAAGUUCUAUAGAAUGGGGAAUAUAUUUUAACCUUGAUCAGAAGGCACAGAGUGAACAAGAAGAGCAGUUUGUGGAAGAAAGAGAAACAGAGAGUGAUGUGGACAUGAAGCAGCUAAACAACAAGAAAAAGAGGUCAAAGAAAAAGAAGACCCAACUUAAUAACCCAUGUUCAGGGUUUCCACCACAGAAGACAAAACAACCUGAAACAAACCAACAGAAAGAAGCAAACCAGAGGACACUUCAAUCAGAGACAAGAAUGAAAGGAGAGAACAAUGAGACAGAGAUCCAAACACAAAAAGACAAAGACAACCAACACCACACAAAAGAAAAACAGCAAGACAGAAAUUAACCUGAGGAUCAAGAAGGACAAGAUGAAAAGGGGAAACCAGAGUGACGGUAAGAAGAUAUGAAAGCAGAACCAGGGAGUGAUAAAGAGUUUCACUACAGUGCUUAUCAACUUUAUUUGUUAACUUAGGCUUUCAGCUUCAAGCUCUGUGCAUGCUCACAUAAAAGGGAGCAUUAGCCACAUCAUUUGAUACUUCUGACAUUCAAAUCAUCAAAGAAAUGGGUGCUAAAGAUGUACAAGAAUCAUAAAAAUUAUAAUUUUGCUGCAGUUAAAGCAAAUUUCAGUUUGUUGCCAGACCAAAAUAGAAUUUUUUCUAUUGAUUAAAUAGGUGCUAUUGAUGAUCAAUAGCCUACAGAUGUGAUUUAUUAGUUCAUAGUCUAUAAAAAUAAAAAACAUCAUUUCCCAUCUCACCCCUGC